GCGAUAUCCCGUUCGCGAAGUCAUGGGUUUCGCACGCAGUACGUAGCGCGCGUCGUCCUCGCCGAUCGUCGCCGCUCGAUCGCGCUCGCGACAACGGAGACUCCCCCCGUUGUCAGACGCUCCGAUCCUCGGAACGCUCCGCCGAGAGACGCAGGGAGAGACGCGACUUCGUUGCUCUCGAGAGGGCCGUGGCGGCCCUCCUCCUGGCGAAACGAUGAGCAAGACAAAGGAACAAGCGGGUUCGUCCAAGUCGUCCGGAUCCGCGGGCUCCACCGAGGAGAAGGAGAAGGAUGAGAGGAUGUUCGAGUGCAAUAUUUGUUUGGACACCGCCAAGGAUGCAGUAGUCAGUAUGUGCGGCCACCUGUUCUGUUGGCCAUGUCUGCAUCAGUGGUUAGAGACCAGACCCACCAGGCAGGUUUGUCCGGUAUGCAAGGCUGCUAUAAGCAAGGAUAAAGUCAUUCCAUUAUAUGGACGUGGGGCCACGAAGCACGAAGACCCGAGGAACAAUGUACCGCCACGUCCGGCCGGUCAAAGGUCAGAGCCAGAAGCCAAUGUCGGCUUCCCCGGCUUUGGCUUCGGCGAUGGUUCCUACAUGUCGUUCGGCAUUGGCACUUUUCCGUUCGCUUUCUUCACGUCGACUUUUAAUUUUGGAGAAACACGACCAAGCGCAGCUCCUAGAGGCACACCACAGUACGAGGAAGAGCAGUUUUUAUCCAAGAUCUUUUUGUGGUUAGCGGUGAUAUUCAUCUUCUGGUUGAUGAUGGCAUAACAAUGUUUCUAAAUCACAUACCAGUCUGCCCAAUAAUUUAUAAUACUUCGUUUUACUUAUAACAUCGGAUAUAUGUAAAUGUAGAAAUCAACGCGUCGCUGCAUUGGCUCUUGCAGUUUCUUCGGAGGAAAAAAAACGAAAGAGCAUAAAAUUUAUUUACGCGUAUCUCAAAAUUGUAUGACUAAAAAUUCGCCUCCUAUUUUCACUUGAGAAAGGAGGAAGAGAGGUAACAUCGAGUGUUUUGCCAAUGUUUUACACGAUUUCGUUUGGCAUUUGCAUACCUUGAACGGAAUGGUCCUUCUCCCAUUUGAAUAUUUCUGAUAUUUUGAUGUCACUUUUUUUAUGUACAUAUUAUAUAUAAAUAUAUUAUAUCCAUAGAGGAAAAGCAUACAAUCUGCUAUUUAAUAUAUUUAAAGUAUGAAAAUGUAUGACUAAAGUAAAUACGCAGUAAGGGAAAGAUUAAUGUAUAUCGUUAAGAAAAUCGCGCGAUUUUAUGAGAAACUACAGAUUUGAACAGAUUUCAACAAAUUUGUGCAAAUUUGUGUAUAUAAUAAAUAAAUAUAUAUAUAUCGUACAUAUACAUACA